GAGGGCGGCAGUUCUUUUGGAGAAUGCGGGUUUCAGAACGCGCGACUUCAGCGAGGCUAGCACCGAGAUGCGCACCUUGGGGGUGGAGCAGGGCGGCGCAAGCCAGACAGCGCACCUAUCUUCGACUCGCUACUGGAAGCUGCGGUGGGCCCUAGAGGUCCUUCUGAAACGAGAGGUGCCGAUCGCCAGCUGGCAGAUGGAGCGACUCCCGGGGCAUUUCACGUUUGUCGCUCCACUUCGGCGGGAAUUCCUCAGUACCCUGCGGGCCUCGUAUGAUUCCAUUCAGUCGGGUUCCCAGGGGCCUCGGGUGAUCUGGUCGAGCGUGGAGCGCGAGCUGAAGAUGGUGCAGGGGCUGCUUAUCUUUACCGGGCGUCACCUCGGGUCUGCUUGGGGCCCGCGAGGGUCAGCCUUCGACGCCUGCGAGAGUGGGCGCGCGACCGUCGAAGCCACGGCCGACUUGGAACAGAUAACCAGGAUCGCCUGCUGGAUCGAGAGAUGGCGAUGCAAAGGCUGGGGGCGCGUGGAGGAUCCUCUUGUCUUUCAGCCUCGUCAGCGCGCCUUAGUGAACGUAGAGCACGAAACCGCCCGGAGUCCAAACGAGAACGAUCCAGAUGUUAACCCCUUUUUCCCCGAGGUCCCCCAUGACUUUAUAAAUGAGCUCACCUGGAAGACCGCGAAUUUCCAGCCGAUCUUCAAUCCAGAGGCUAUUCACAUUUCGGAGAUGAGGGGAUUACUCGGAGCUAUUCGGAAGCGCCUGCUCGGGGAUUUCACGUCUCGGCACGCAUAUCACCUGGUCUUGGGAGAUCACUUGGGGCUCAUGCCGUCUCUGUCGAAGGGCCGUUGCCGGGGCCCGACGCUGCUGAUGCUGCACCGCCGUGCUGCUGCCUGGAUGUUCGCCACUGGCUCAAGAUUCGUGGGCAGGUGGAUUCCCUCUGAGGCCGCCGACCUGAGCCAGAACGAGAUGGACAGCCUCGAGUUGGCGAAGGCCGCCGAUCGAUUGAGAAAAUACGGGGCCCUGAGAGACACUACCCAGCACGGGGGCAUUCUCGAGCAGGCCUCGGUGAUGCCAAAGACUCGUGCGCAGUGCUCCGCCGACAUCAAGAACUUUAUUCGCGUGGAGAACGCGAGCGACCUGAGCGCGGCGCCCCCGGCUGCGGGCUCCGGCGAGAAGCUGCUGGCAGCGGUGCAGUACUACGUGCCCGCCUACGGCAGCAGGGGCGAGGCCGCCUUGCCGCGCGCUGUGCGGGCGAUCCGCGGUUGGCGAAGGCUCGUGCCCAGCCGAACGCGGCGACCCCUUCCGCGGCGCGUGGUGGCGGGGAUCGCGACCGGCCUGAUGCGAGAGCACGGGGUGAGCUACGCUCUGUGCUGGCUGCUGAUGGUGGAUGCGUAUCUUCGGCCUGGCGAGUGCAUCGCCCUUCGUACGGAUCAGGUCGCGAAGCCAGCCUUCCAGGAGCACGUGGCGAGCCUGGCCAUCAUCCUGCGCCGCGCCGAGGACGGAGUGCCCGGCAAGACGGGGGCCGUGGACGAGAGCCUGUUGGCGAACAGGCAGUGGCUCGCCAAGGUGUUGCUCGCCUACGCGGAGCUCCGGCCCAAGUCGGGCCGCCCGUGGGACUUCGACCUGCUGACGACGCGGGCAAAGUUCCUGGAGGUGUGCCACCAGCUCGAGCUGCAGCGCUGGAGCCCAGUGCUGUACAUGUGCCGCCGCACCGGCGCCUCGCUGGACCGCCUGGAGAACUGGGUGAGCCUCGCGGAGGUGCAGAAGCGAGGGCGGUGGCGGUCCACCGCCAGCGUGAGACGAUGCGAGAAGCGAGCCCUGGUGCAGGAGGUCUUCAACAGCCUCAGCGCCGGGACCUGGCGCUUCUGUCUAGCCAGCGAGCAGCCGCUGGAGGUCGAGCUGCCGCCAG